AUGAGCUGCAAGUCCAUGGCCAAGAUGAGGGGAAUCCUGGUCUUGGGGCUCCUGUUGGCUACUUCCGGCUGCCUCGGCCACCAUGAGGACCUGGCCAACUGCUUCCUGGACCCUGAGUACGAGUCCAUCGUUGUCACAGCCCAGGAGGGCCUCCACACCUCCCCACUGCCCAAGCGUGUGGUGGUGGUGGGAGCUGGCAUGUCUGGCCUGGUGGCAGCCAAGGCCCUGCAGGAUGCUGGCCACCAGGUUUCCGUCUUGGAAGCCAGCAGCCACAUCGGGGGCCGGGUGGUCACAAUCAGGAACAAGAAGGAGGGCUGGUACCACGAACUGGGGCCCAUGCGAAUCCCCAAGUCCCACAGGCUGGUUCACACCUAUGUCAAGAAGCUGGGCCUGAAGCUGAACAAUUUCAUCCAUUACAAUGCCAACACCUGGUACCUCAUCAACGGACAACGCUAUCGCAUGAGAGAGGUCAAGGCCAACCCAGAAAUUCUGGGCUACUCCAGGAACCCCACAGAGAAGGGCGACCAUGCUGAGAACCUCUCCCACCAGCCCACUGCCAGCUUGCCCCCUGCCUCAGCCCUCCCUGGGCUGGGAGAGAACAGGGUCUGGCCCGAAGUCACCAUGCAAACCGAACAAAGUCUGAAAAAUAUCAACUGCAGCCACCUGAUGAACUCUUCUGACUCCAUCAAGGCUCGCCUGCUGAAGGAAGGGAUGCUGAACCCCGGAGCAGUCAGGAUGAUCAGUGACGUGAUGAAGGAGGAUACUGAAUUCUUUAAGUCGUUCCUAGAAUCCGGGAAAUCUGACAUCCUCUUCUUCAAAGAUGAUGAGAGCCCUGCUGGAGACUGGGCAGCCUGGCCUCCUGCCCCCCGCCCUCCCCCUGACCCUCUCCUCUCUCUUCACCUCUGCAGCUUUAGCGAGAUCACAGGUGGCUUCGACCAGCUUCCCCAAGGCCUCGGUGCCAGCUUAAAGCCUGGCACCAUCCGCCUGGGCUCCAGGGUGGAGACGGUGGUGAGGGAUGGGCUCGAGGUCCGCGUUUCCUACCGGGUGGGCAAGUCCAGCGCUGCCCUGCGCAGCCUCACAGCGGACUUUGUCGUAAUCUCCGCCUCAGCCGGCGCCACCGGCCUCAUCACCUUCGAGCCGCCACUCUCACCGGGCAAGGUGGACGCGCUCCGCUCGGUCCAUUACGUCAGCGCGACCAAGGUGGUCCUGGCUUGUGCGGAGCCCUUCUGGGAGCGGGAUGGCAUUCAGGGCGGGGCCUCCAUCACCGACGGGCCCUCCAGCUACAUCUUCUACCCCAGCCACCGCCUUCCCAGCGGCAAGGGGGCCCUGCUGGCCUCCUACACCCUGGGCAACGAUUCCCUCUUCCUCGCGGCCAUGAAGCGUGGUCGGGUGGUGGACAUGGUGCUGGAGGACCUGGCGGCGGUGCACCGGGUACCCAAGGAGACGCUGCGGCACCUGUGCCCCUCCUCUGCGCUCAAGCACUGGUCCCUGGAUCCCCUCGUCACGGGCGCCUUCGCCGAGUUCACACCCUUCCAGUCGAAGGACUCUCUGCGGCUCCUCUCCCAGCCAGAGGGCCGCGUCCACUUCGCGGGCGAGCACACCUGCCUGCCCCAAGGCUGGCUGGACACUGCCAUCCAGUCCGGCCUCCGGGCAGCCAGGAGCAUCCAGGCUGCCGUGGAUGAGGAGGCCAGAGGAGGUCAGCGGAGGCCAGGGAAGGCCAGAGGAGGUCAGGGGAGGCAGACCUAUGCCAACACCCAGAAGAGUUUCUAA